CCUGGACUCUUUCACACUGCAGGGUAGCUAUAACCAGCCCCUGGGUUUGUCCAGCACCCAAUCCAAUACUCUCUUUCUUGACUGUACUAUUCGAGGACUUCAGGUAGAAAUAUCAGACAUCUGUGCCCAGUGUCUGUCUCGAAUCCUAUCCUUAGUGAUUCCACAGUCUGAAAAGUCAGCUGUCUCUAGGAAGUCUUUGCUUGGGGAGUCUGUGACCUUACUGUGGAAGGUGGACUUGAAGGUGGAAGACAUGAACCUGUUCACUCUUUCUGCACUGGUUGGUGCUUCAGAGGUUCGACUGGACACACUGACUGUCUUGGGCAGUGCUGAGACCUCCACUGUGGGGAUUCAAGGGCUUGUGCUUGCACUAGUAAAAUCGGUCACAGAGAAGAUGCAGCCCUGUUGUAAGGCGCCUGACAUUCCCACGCCAGUGCUCGGCCUUUCCAUGCUGUCCCUCACCUAUCACAGCAGCAUCCGCUCUCUAGAGGUUCAGUGUGGUGCGGGGCUGACUUUACUCUGGAGCCCCCCAGAUCACAUGUACUUAUACCAGCAUGUCUUGUCCACUCUACAAUGCCGAGACUUGUUACAAGCUACUGUGUUUCCUGAGAUUGUUGAAUUCCAUGAACUAGAGCCUCCACGGUCCACCUCUGAGCUGGAAGACCAUCUCCCCGAGCCAUCCCCACCUAGGCGGCUGCUAAACCUAACACUGGAGGUGAGCACAGCCAAACUGACCGCUUUUGUAGCUGAGGACAAGUUCAUUACCCUGGCUGCAGAGAGUGUGUCACUGAGCCGGCAUGGAGGUUCACUGCAGGCUUACUGCCCUGAGUUGGCUGCUGGCUUUGAUGGCAAUAGCAUCUUCAACUUCAAAGAGGUGGAGCUGCAGCUACUCCCUGAGCUAGAGGAGAUGAUCCUCCACAGGAACCCCUUCCCUGUACUGCAGACCCUCCGGAAUCGGGUUUGGCUCCUCUCUCUUGGAUCAGUCUCAGUGGAGUUUCCUUAUCAGUAUGACUUCUCUCGAACUUUGGAUGAGGCAGUGGGAGUUCAGAAGUGGCUAAAGGGGCUGCAUCGAGGGACUCGUGCGUGGGCUUCUCCAAGCCCUGCCCCACUCCCACCUGAUCUACUCCUAAAGGUCCAGCACUUUUCUUGGGUUUUCCUGGAUGACAUCUUUGAGGUGAAGCUUCAUGAUAACUAUGAACUGAUGAAGGAUGAAAGUAAGGAGAGCGCCAAAAGGCUGCAGUUGCUGGAUGCCAAAGUGGCUGCCCUGCGGAAGCAGCAUGGGGAGUUGUUGCCAGCUCGAAAAAUUGAGGAGCUCUAUGCCUCUUUGGAACGCAAAAACAUUGAAAUCUACAUCCAGCGCUCUCGUCGUCUCUAUGGCAACACACCCAUGCGCCGUGCACUGCUCACUUGGAGCCUGGCAGGACUAGAGCUGGUGGCUCUGGCAGACGCAUCCUUCCAUGGGCCUGAACAUGUGCUAGAGCAGGUUCGAGAGCUUGACCCUGGCAGCCCUUUUCCUGCUGAAGGAAUAGACCUUGUCAUUCAGUGGUGUCGUAUGCUGAAGUGCAGUGUCAAAACUUUUCUGGUUCGGAUCCGAGACUAUCCACGGUACCUGUUUGAGAUCCGUGACUGGCGGCUCAUGGGUCGACUUGCGGGCACUGAGCAGAGUGGCCAGCCUUGCUCCCGGCGACGUCAAAUCCUGCACUUGGGGCUUCCCUGGGGUAACGUGGCAGUGGAGAGGAACAUGCCUCCACUCAAGUUCUACCAUGACUUCCACUCGGAAAUCUUCCAGUACACAGUGGUGUGGGGCCCAUGCUGGGAUCCAGCCUGGACACUGAUUGGUCAAUGUGUGGACCUCUUGACUAAGCCCUCAGCUGACCCCAGCCCACCUUUGCCCUGGUGGGAUAAGAGCCGUCUUCUGUUCCAUGGGGACUGGCAUAUGGAUAUUGAACAAGCAAACCUGCAUCAGCUGGCCACGGAGGAUCCAUACAAUACAACUGAAAACAUGCACUGGGAAUGGAGCCACCUUUCUUUCCAUUGGAGACCUGGUCAGUUUGUGUUCCAAGGGGACCUGGAUGUCAACGUAAGGACAGCCUCUAAGUAUGACGACUGCUGCUUCCUUCACCUGCCUGACCUCUGCAUGACACUGGACCUGCAGUGGCUGUGUCAUGGGAACCCUCAUGAUCAUCACAGCGUCACUCUGAGGGCUCCAGAGUUCCUGCCUGAAGUACCCUUGGGCCAGCUCCAUGACUCCUACCGGGCCUUCCGCUCUGAGAACCUCAAUCUUUCCAUCAGGAUGGAUUUGACUCGACAUAGUGGGACAAUAUCCCAGCCCCGAAUUCUGCUGUACAGUAGUACCUUGCGCUGGAUGCAGAAUUUCUGGGCAACUUGGACUAGCGUCACAAGGCCUAUCUGUAGAGGAAAACUCUUUAAUAACUUGAAGCCCAGCAAGAAGAAACUUGGCCAACACUACAAACAACUAUCCUAUACUGCGCUCUUUCCCCAGCUGCAGGUACAUUACUGGGCCUCAUUUGCCCAGCAACGGGGCAUCCAGAUUGAGUGCAGUCAGGGCCAUGUCUUCACUCGGGGAACUCAGCGGCUUAUACCUCAAGCCGGCACAGUGAUGCGGCGCCUUAUUUCUGAGUGGAGUGUGACCCAGAUGGUGAGUGACUUAAGUCAAGUGACUGUUCACCUGAUGGCUUCACCUACUGAAGAGAAUGCUGACCACUGCCUUGAUCCCUUGAUAACAAAGACCCACCUAUUGAGCCUGUCUUCCCUUACUUACCAACGACACAGCAAUCGCACCACUGAAGAGGAGCUCUCUACUAGAGAUGGCGACCCUGCCUUUCAUACACAUCAGCUGUACCUGGUCGAUUUACGGAUUUCCUGGACAACCACCAACAGGGACAUUGCCUUUGGCUUAUAUGAUGGCUACAAAAAGGCAGCUGUACUCAAACGAAAUCUCUCAACUGAGGCUCUGAAAGGUUUGAAGAUUGAUCCCCAGAUGUCAGCCAAAAAGCCAAAGCGUGGUAUUCCGCCUAAUGCCCAAGACCCACCUCAUGUCAGCACUCCUAGCUUCAGUGGACGGCCUGAUAAGGGAUCAUCGGGAGGUGCUUACAUGUUGCAAAAGCUGAUUGAAGAGACAGAUAGGUUUGUAGUAUUCACAGAAGAGGAGUCCGGUAUGAGUGACCAAUUGUGUGGCAUUGCUGCCUGCCAGACGGAUGACAUAUACAAUCGCAACUGCCUUAUUGAGCUGGUGAACUGCCAGAUGGUUCUUCGUGGAGCAGAGACAGAAGGCUGUGUCAUUGUGUCAGCUGCCAAAGCCCAGUUACUGCAGUGCCAACAUCAUCCAGCAUGGUAUGGUGACACACUGAAACAAAAGACAUCCUGGACUUGCCUGUUAGAUGGCAUGCAGUAUUUUGCUACCACUGAAAGCAGCCCUACUGAACAGGAUGGCCGACAGCUCUGGCUUGAG